AGUUAUACUUUAAUUUCUCUCUUUAUCAUUGUCUCUAGCUAUUCCGUCCUUUCCUCUUUCACUCUGACUCUACACAGAUGGAUAGCUCUUCCUCUUCGAGUCACCGUGGAUCUUCUAUAAAUGAGGAGAAGCAUAUUGUUCUUCCCGGCAUCCAUGAACACGCGUUAAUGUCAACGCCACCCGGAGCGCCAUAUAGCUGCGAUGGAUGUAAAGAAGGAGGGUGUGGACGCAGUUACCGUUGUGAAGAAAAGAAUUGCAGAGGUUAUGUCCUCCAUGAAGAAUGUGCAAGCGCUGUUCUUCAUCGUGAAAACCCCGUAAGUCAUUCAUUUUUCAAAGGAGAAGUAUUCGCGUUCCUAGAGAAACCUCUUGGGCGUCCUAGGGAUUGUGAUGCAUGUAGAAUGGAAGUGAAAGGGUUUGUGUAUCAUCGCAAAGCUACAAAAGAUGUCGACGACACAGGCUUGGAUUUGCAUCCAUGUUGUUCGAAGCUAAGAGACAACAUUUCUUAUGAAGAGUCACACGCGACAAAGACACUCACAUUGCAACAAAACGUUCCGAAAAAGUGUCGCCUAUGUGAGCGUAAGAAAUUUGGGGACGAUAACAAAGUUAAAGGGUGGUCAUAUGUAACUUCCGAUGGAGAUUGCUUUCAUGUUUUUUGUUUUAAGGACUUGUUUCUUGAGAAACUCAAAGAGGAAGAUUCCUCCCAAGAGAAAGCUGUAGUGUCAAGAAUGCAGACCAAUAAUGUUACUGGGAAUAAUAUGAAGGUUGUAAAAAAAGUUGGAGGAAAAUCAAAUUCAAAAGGAUCAGAGAUAACGAAGGUGGUGGCGAAGACAGCCACAACAGUGGUAGUCAAGCUAUUGUUUUCAUUAAUUCUUGGAGGAGGACAUCCAAUUGCUCUUCUUCCUGCUCUUGUGGGAUUGUUUUCUACUAGCUCCUCCUCCUCUUAAUCAACUAUUAACUUCACGUGAAAACAAUUAAAUGAAUACUUUUCUAUUGAAUCGUUUCACUUCUUUUAAUUUCAGUUGAGCAAUUCCCUUUAUAUAUGAGUUUGGUGUGCUUGUAAUAUAAUCCUUACAAUCUCAUCAA